AUGAAUCAAAAAACCAUUGGCUUCUUUUCAUCGAAACCCUUUGUCGAACGAUCCUUUCGUUCUCUCAAUCACUCAAUUUAUACAAAAUUUCUUCGGGAUGUUGAUUUCUUGAGAGAAUAUUAUCAACCAUUGCUCUCAAAAAACCUUCCAGUGAGAACCAUUGGAAUUGAAAAUUUGAAAAGUACUACUAGUCAUCAUGAUCAUCAACCAUGUCCAACAAUUACAUUCAAACAAUUUCUUUCCAAUUAUUCAAAUUUAGAAAGAUCUGGUCCAUUUAAUUUAAAAUUCAUUGAUGCUCGAUUAACUGAAUCUACUCUUGGAUUGGCUGAAGGUUGUGAUUACAUUACUGUCUUUGUCAAUGAUAAUGUUAAUAGAAAUGCUUUGAAAUUAUUAAAGUCUCAAUUUGGAGUAAAAUGUAUUGCAUUGAGAUCAGCUGGAUAUAACAAUGUGGAUCUUUCAGCAGCUACAGAAUUUGGCAUUAAAGUGUGUCGAGUUCCAGAAUAUUCACCUGGUGCUACUGCUGACUUUACAAUAGCCAUGAUUAUGGCUCUCAAUAGAAAAAAUACAUCGAGCAUUUCAAAGAAUUAA